AGAGGAAGAUCGAAAAGAUCAGUCAGUUUAAGGAGCAGCCACGGGCCAGUCCACACUCCGGAAAGACGCUAAUUAUUAGUGGAAAAAUAUUCAUAAUUCGUUAAAUAAAAACUAAAAUAUCUUUGGAAUAUUAGCGGCAUGUUCAAAGUGUCACAGGAGAUGCGUCUGAAUACGCAGGCAGCCGCCCCCGCCUCCAAUCCAAGUGGGAGUGGCAUAGAUGGGAAUAGUCCGGAGGAGGGUGGUAUUUUUGGACGCUACCAGCGCACGCCUGAUGCGGAUGCCUAUCCCUCGGAGCCGCCACGGGUUUAUGUGGCGCCCGAACUGACCGAUGCCGGCAAGGUGCAGCUGCUGCACUUUCCCAGCGGAGCGGUCAGGAUCAACAGCCCUGUUGGGUUUGUCAUCAAACGCAACGGGGUCAAGGGAAACUUUGAAGUGCGAGUGGAGAGUCCAACUGGGCAGCCCAUCCAGCCCGUCCAUCAGAAGCAGCUGGACCCGGAACGAUUUCAGAUCGACUGCCAGUUAAGUGCCGGAGCAGGUCUCUACAAGGUCCACAUAAAGUGCAACUCUGUGACACUGCCGAGGUCACCGUUCAUCAUAGUGGCCAUUGCUGGAAGUCCAGAAGCCAUUGAGGGAAAACCUAUUGAUUCAGCAGUACCCACCUUGGAGUCCGAUGCCAAUAAGGUUCACAGCCGGGGCUUGGGACUCACCCACGUCAGCCUGGUGGAGCGUAACGAGUUCACUGUGGACUGCAGUCAGGCUGGGAACAACAUGCUGCUGGUCGGGAUUCUUGGACAGCGAGGUCCCAGCGAAGAAGUGGUGGUGAAACAUCUAGGCCGGAAUGUCCACCGCGUUAGCUACCGUGUCUGCGAUCCUGGCGAUUACAUUCUGGUGGCCAAGUGGGGAGACCAACACAUACCCGGAUCUCCAUUCAAACUUAGCGCCGAGUAGGACAUGAUGAGAGCUGACUGCUUCUGUCAUCAUUCCUACCUGAAGGCAAAGUGUAGCUAAUGAUGAUAACAUCCACCAACUUUAUGUGCAUCAUAGAAUGCUUUUUUUCCCAAGAGCUGAGGGUGCUGAUGCUGUCUUCGAGUUUCAACCUAAUGAUGAUGACCGGCACGCCGCACCAUGGAAGAAACAAAUAGUCUACAGAUAAAAAAAACAUAGUUUCAACAAAAAUAGUUUUAUUUAAAUUAUAAAAAAUAUA